AUGUCACCACCUCCGCCGCCGCCGUACGAAUGGAAUUGCUGGAACGCACCCUCGAUCAAAGUCACCGACUUCGACAGACCGACUCACAAAUGGAAUCCUACCCAACGCCUCUGUUACAACAACGCCAUCCACGAAUCACGACCUUACCAAUGUACCUACCACUUCGACAGUGAAGUGCAGUGCUCCCACUUCCUGAGCCAACCCCAACGCUCCCGAGCCGUCUUCCUCAUCGACGAGCUGGCUCGUACGGAUCCAAGCGAGAUCGAUCAGAACGACAGGGAGAGUCUGCUGAGGAACCUACUCUGCGACAUCCACGUCGAGCAACCGCACUUCAAGAGAGAAUUGAAACGAACCGCAAUCGUAAUGGAAAACGCCAUCGCGCAAACCAGCGGCCCCUACGAAAAAGAAUGGAAACUCCUGCACGACACCCUCCGCCUCCGCCACGGCGACCCCCACAAAGAACACGCCUGGAUCCGGUACAUCGCGCUCGAAGUCCUGCCUUCCGGCAAAGACCUGACCUCGCAAUUCCCCUGGCCUGUGCCCUCCGGCAAAUACGACGACAUCAACCCGGCCACGGUCAACAUCUUCUACAAGAAAACGCUCUGGGGUAAAAUCGAGGGGAUGAACACGGAUCUGUGGAAGUGCAACCACGCGCAGAAAUUUUUGCUGAGGGAGAAGAUGUGGUGGUUGCCGCUGCAGAGGAUUUUUGAGACGCUGAAGAGGGUUGUGGGGAGGGAGGGGUUUGUGGUGGAGGUUGCGGAGGGGGUGGGAGUGGUUUGGGGGGUGGUGGAAGAGAUGUUGGGGGUUGUGGAGAGGAGUACUACGGGUUAUCCUUUUGAUGAUGGGAGUGGGAGGAAGAGGGGUGGGAGUUGUGUGAGGGAGGGGAGGAGGGGGAUGGGGGCUCGUUGA